AUGAGCGGCUUCGAGGUCGUGUCGUUGAUUCUUGGAGCGUUUCCGCUCAUCAUCUCGAGCAUUGAGAAUUACCAAAAGGGGCUCAAACCCAUACGGCUGUUCGUCAGAUACAGACAAGAGCUCAUAGCUUUGCAUGCGCUAAUAGUGUCGGAGUAUUCGAAGUUCCAGAACUCACUCGAUCUCCUUCUGCAACCCCUUAUCCCUCCAUCUGAGCUGCAUCACCUGAUAACCAAGCCGGAGAAGAUUAACUGGAAGGCUCCUCAUCUGAAAGCUUCCUUGCGGAGACGUCUCGGCCCAUCCGAGGAAGCCUUCUAUGGUGCCCUCCAGGUCGUCGAAGGCAGUGUGGAGGAGCUCAAGGCAGCGUUGAAGGGCAAAGACUGCCUCGAUCGACUGCAUUACUGCUUUGUGGGAUCCUCCAAACGCGAGAGCACCAAAGCAAGACUUCAGCAAGGAAACAAUGACCUGCAAAGCUUCGUCAUUCAUGCGAAGAGGCUGGGGGACGCUAGAGAGCGCAGGUCACUGGAUGUGCUGGAAGCAGGCAUCAAAAGGAACGAGCUAUGUGAGUUACACGCAUCGCUGAGCCAGGACCCAUGGCAAUACAGCUGUCCCCAGCAUUCGGUUUAUCUUGAUGUCUGCUCGUUGACUGUAGGUGGACCACUUGGGAAGGACAAGAAUGCAUCAGCAGAAGUUAUAAUCGGCCUUACCCGGACUCAUCGCUCAGGAGCAUCGUCCUCUGUGCCGACCUUGGCUGUAGCCCUCACUCACAACGCUCACGGUAAAGACGACCUUGAUGAGACCUCUAUAAGCCUCUCGAAUACAGUCUUGUCAAGUGCGCCGUCUACUCUCUCCUCCGGAGCCCUUACCAGCUCCUCAGCGCUAUUGAGAACCGCGAACCAUACUCUUCAAUUGUUAGUUCUUUCUUUCUAUGCAUUAUCUUUGCUGACCACCAGCCAGAGGGAAAUCCCGGAACAAGCUUGUUAA